CCUCCUUUCUCGAUCCUCUCAAAAUCUCCACCACCAAUGAAGCGACGACGCCGUAACUCCAAACUUAAAUUCGAAGAACCCUCCGACCAAUCACCGGCAACCACGGCGGAGUUCUCCUUCUCUCUCACCAAAAUCGCCGUCAGUCAAAUCUGCCAAUCUAUUGGAUACAACGCCACCGAUUCAUCCGCUCUCAACACUCUAACCUUAACCACCACCAAAUUCUUACAAUCCCUCGCCGAACUCGCAUCGUCGUUCUCUAACACCGCUAAUCGAACAGAGGUUAAUCUCUUCGACAUCGUUAACGGUCUCCAAGAUAUCGCUUUAUCUACUUCCGAUUGUUUCCCCGGCGGAUCCACCGUGCACGAUAUUGAAUCUCAUUGCUUGAUCAAAUCAGCUGUUCUUCGUAACCUCUCCGAUUUCGUCAAGUAUGCUCCUGAGAUCCCUUUCGCUAAGCCGUUACCGAAACGAGAAAGAGACGGAUCAUUCGGAGGAGAUUUGGAUCAAGCGCCGGUGUCUCGAUCGGUGGAGGUGAAGUCUGUUCCAGCUUGGCUUCCUCCUUUCCCAGACGUUAGUGUCUACUCCGAUCGUUGUUCAAAGGAUAGAUCUGAUCACUUGUGGGAAAACUCUGAUUCCGUUAUUGGCCGUGAAAUUAUGCCGGAGAUUUUGCAAUCUAAAAGCGGAGGAAGAUUACCUGUAAGGAGAGAUAGAGUGAAAUUCAAGAUAGAACAACGAGAUUGGCACAGUGGUGGUGAUACGAGAUUGGAGCGGUGGCGGGAGAAUAACGACGGCGAAUCUGGCGGUGGAGUUGAUGUUAAGAAGAAAAUUAGACAAGGAUACACUUACUGUGCCGGCGAGUGGCCGAUUUAAGUAUAUUCUGGUGACGAGGACAUAAAAAAAAAUAACAAAAUCGCGAGGGCUUUAGAUGGAGUCGAACCCGCGAGGCUUGAGAACUUGCGUGAAUGGCGAAUUGGUAUUUACCGAACGAGCUGAAUCUCUAAAUGUUUCAGUAUUCCAAUUGUUUUUUUUAUAAAGCCAUGACUAUAAAGAUUUACUUUAUUU